CUAGGUUUGCCUUAGGCUUCAAAUUCAGUGAUUCCAUUGAGCCUAUUCUCGCGACAGCUGAAGUUCAACCUCCACCGCAUACUAUUCUCCUCUCAACUUUAAAGUUUAGAAUCAGCCAUGGUGAAGCUCACUUUUGGAAAGAAGAAAGAUGGGGAGCCACCGACGCCAAAUGAGAAGCCAGAUCUGGAGCGCAAACCGAGCAUGAAGAUCAGCUUCAAAUCGCAGACGCCAGUCACCGAGCAGCCGCCUUCUCUUGAGAACUCCACUAUUGAAGUAAAGCCCAAGAAGCCGGCUGUACCGAAGAAGCCAAAAAAUGGCGAUGUUGCUGCCAGUCCUGCCAGCACGAUUCUCAAGUUGGGCAAGCGCAAGACGACGGAUCUGCCCGACGGCGAGCUGCCGGCGAAACGGCCUGUGAAGCCGACCGAGCGUGCCAGCAGUAUCUCUUUCAGAGUCCCAGAGAAGCCUGUGAAGGUUCCUACUCUCAAAUUGAACACAAAGGUCCAGUCCCAAUCGUCCGGUGUGAAGCUCAAGUUUGGCUCCACCUCCACUACACCACAACCAGUGACAACUCCCCUGAUAAAGAUCAGAGCCCGUGGCAAAGUACCUAAACGAGAACCUGGAGUGGGCUAUGACAGCGAGGAUGAAGAUGCUGAGGUCGAUCCUGUCAUCGAGAAUCAUUUUGUGCUUCGCAUGCAACCAGGUGACGACUGCGACUAUCUACGAGCUGCAAUCGCCGAAUCCUCGAUGAAGCACAAACCAGACGGAUCGCGAGCCUUAGGUCCGGAUGUGUGGAUGAAGUUUUUUGACAAAGAAGGACGCCGAGGUCUGGUCUGCGUUCGGGGUCACAUGUAUGCUGCCACCUUGCUGGACCUGCCUUGUAUAAUAGAGGCGAUGAAGAGCUGGGACAAGAAAGGCUGGUACAAGACAACGGACAUAUGUCAAAUACUACUGGUGCUGGGUCGCAUAGACAGGGAAGAGCAGGCGAGAAACUAUCCUUUGCCACCAGAAGUCGACAAGGAGAACUGGCAAUACCCGCAUGGGCUAACUCCUCCCAUGCAGUGGGUUCGUAAGCGCAGAUUUAGGCCAAGAGUUAAUCGACGGCACAUCGAGCGUGUUGAGGCCGACGUGGAGGAGCUUCUCGCCCGCGAUCGGCAGUGGGAGCAGCAAGGCGAAGACGCAACAAUCACUCUCGAAUACGUCGAUCCGGAUACUGGGAUAGAUGAGGAGAUGGACGCAGAAGGCGAAGACGAGGAAUUCCCUUUCCAAUAUCAGGAUGCUGACGGAAAUGGCUACGUCCAAGAGCCAGAGGGAAUGGAAGAGGAUGAUGAGAACGACGACGAGCUAGCGGCGAUGCUUGAAGCCGGUCUAGCGGAUGCUGAGGGUGAACAAGAAGGCGAGCAAUCAAGCCUUCUAAAUGCUGAGGGAUCCGUGCUACAUGCAAGUCCUGAUACGCUCGCAGCGCUGGAGACGGCCGUCACGCCGGGCUCAGGCAACACCAUGUCAGCGACGGAGGAUGACGACGAAGACGACGACGAUGAUGACGACGUGGCUUCGGAUGAUGAAGAUGAGGAAGCUAAGGCGCAACGACAGGAGAGGGAGCAGGCUCUAGCAGAGGUUGCGGAAACGAGAAAAGAAAUUGCCGAGUGGGAGAUGAAGAAGAAGAUGCAUACCAGCCAGCUGCUAAAGAACAAGGCGAAUGAGAAGCUUGAAAAGCUCCGGGCUGACUUGCAGGUCAAGCUUUCUGGCUUGGGGAUGGAAGAUGACGAUGAAUGAAGGCCAAUGAGCAUAGCAUUUCAACUGAAGCAAGAAAACGUAGGCAUCUUUUGUCUUCGCAAAACCACAAUCCAUGUCUUGCUAUCGAGCAUCACUACCAGGCCUAUUUUCGAUCGUCUUCCAAAAUUUCGCUCAUGGGGUUUGUCUUUGUUCGCACAACCUUCUCCAACACGCGAAGAUCUAGCCAGUCGCCGACGACAUGCUGACUGCAGAACUGCUCUCUCAUGGGCACCCAGUCAUUUUUUUUUAUUUUUUUGAUCCAGUUACCUGCAAAUACCGAUAUGAUGUCGGUAUUCAACGGCGUAAGCGCGAAGAGUUGUGACCCGCAAUUCGAACAGAAUUGUCGAGUCAGCGGUUGUUUGGACUCUGACAGUCGAAGUACGAUUAUAGUUCCUCUUCUCCUUGAAGGAGUCUGACGGACUACGCGAACAGCUCUCGAGUCAGAAGAUGGAAUUAAUUCAAGGACAAGAAGUAAGGGUUAGAAUGUUGAAGGACAGAGAAAAGUUAGUGUAUGAAUAAUGCUCACCGACUUUGGGAAGAGAGUUGCACAUAGAAAGGCAC